GUCUUGGACUGUGAUCGGACAUUAUCUGAUAUAAGGAGAGACGUGCAUGUGUAUAGGUUGCUGUAUCUGCGUCCAUGUAGCGUAUAAAAUGACAUUAGUAGAGUAGUAAACACGUGAUCAUCUGCAGUAUUUGGAUUAUCACUGAAGCGUGCGCUUUUAUGUCGUGUGCGCGUGUCGGUAUUUUUAAUUAUAAUGAAUCGAGAGUCAGUCAUGAGAGAGACGCGCAUGUCCCGCUGGUAUUUCGGAGGAAUCGCCUCCUGUGGGGCCGCCUGUUGCACUCAUCCACUGGACUUAAUAAAGGUUCAUCUGCAGACCCAACAGGAGGUGAAGUUGAGAAUGACAGGUAUGGCCAUGCAGGUGGUGCGCAGUGAUGGGGUGAUGGCGCUUUACAAUGGGCUUAGUGCUUCCCUCUGCAGGCAGAUAACUUACUCAAUGACACGUUUUGCUAUUUAUGAAACGGUGAGGGACAAGUUAUCCAGUCGAAAUCAGGGGCCGAUGCCUUUCUAUCAGAAGAUCUUACUGGCUGCUUUUGGAGGUCUUACUGGUGGGUUUGUUGGGACACCAGCAGAUAUGGUUAAUGUCAGAAUGCAGAAUGAUGUUAAGCUGCCCCCAAAGCUCAGGAGAAACUACGCACAUGCUCUUGAUGGAUUAAUCCGUGUCUGGAAAGAAGAGGGAGUUCGAAAGCUUUUUUCUGGAGCCUCUAUGGCAUCUAGUAGAGGUGUGCUGGUCACUGUGGGACAGCUCUCCUGUUAUGACCAGGCCAAGCAGCUGGUUCUGGGAACCGGUGUGAUGACCGAUAACAUUUUCACUCAUUUUUUGGCCAGCUUCAUUGCGGGAGGCUGUGCCACUGUCCUCUGUCAGCCUAUAGAUGUUGUUAAAACCAGGCUGAUGAAUUCAAAAGGAGAAUACAGGGGGGUGAUUCAUUGUCUGACUGAUACUGCUAAACUUGGACCUGAAGCUUUCUACAAGGGCCUCGUCCCAGCUGGAAUCCGUCUGAUUCCUCACACUGUUCUCACAUUCAUCUUUCUGGAGCAACUUCGGUUGUACUUUGGAAUUCGAGUCAUCACAUCUACAUGAACCCUUACUCAGAGGCCAUGCUUACACCUGAGGAAACCUGGCAACACUUCACAGCCCUGCUGAAGGAUGACUCCUCAACAGACAUAUAAAACUGUACGAGGCAGAGGAGCGGACACAGGCCAGGAUAUUAUUCUGACCCAUUUCACUGAUCCUUAACCCUCAUGGUAGCU